AUGACAGGACCAGAAAUUGUAGAUUAUAUAAACACACACCAAAACUACUUCAAGGUACGUUGUUCCGUGUUCCCAAGAAAUGGUAACGCUGAUGGAAUGUCUAAUCUCCACGCUGCUGUGGUUAAGGCGAAGUAUCGACCAGGUAUUGAGGAGUUUGUCAAAGCUCGUAUUAUGAAGGAGAAAUACCUCGACGAUCCCCUUGCGAAGGUGUCAAAGCCCAAAGAAGCUCUGGGGGACGAACCGAUUCCAACAAGGUAA